GACCCCAACACAACGUCUCGCUCAUGCGCAGCACGUCCAGCUGGGAUCCGAAUCACACAGCAUGAAUACCUUCGGUGGCGGAUCGUCCUCGGAAUCCGAAUCGGAGUAUGACUUCCUACACCCAUCCGCCGACCCAAAUGCCGACGAGUUCGCCGACUACAAUCCACGGAAGCGGAGGCGGACAGGGCGUGAUGCGAAGGAGAGCGCGGCGCUGGGUGUAUUUGGCAGCGAGAGCGAAGAUGAGGGGCCUGGGAGACGGUGGAAGAGCAAGACGCUGAGGGGGAAGGGGAUGGCAUUUGUGUCCUCGGGCGACAACCUAAUUAAGGGCGAGGAGGACAACGAGGAAGAGGAACAUACGACAGCGAGAGCUGGGGGGCAAUACCUUGAAGACGCCGAAGAUGUGGAUAUUGACGACGCUGCCGACGACACUGAGGAAGUACCUCGAGCUGGCCUCGGAGCCCAAAGCGCUCCCAGUCUUGGACAACGGAAACAGGGCCUUGGUGGCGGACUGGGAUGGCAAAGCCCUGCGGCGCGAAGCAUGAGGCUGGGCAAUGGAGGUUCUACGUCACCUUUAGGCCAUGGUUUCAUGCCAUCCUCUGCAGCAAUACCUGUCCUCAAGGACUUCAGUGACGAGAAGUCAGUCAAACGAGUUGCUAUGCCCAGCGCAUUCUCGACACCGACAGCUGCGAAGGGUGGGCGGCCUGGUGCACAGAAGGCAGCACCAAUAAAUGCGGGGUCGUUCGCUGCAAGGAUGAUGGCAAGGAUGGGAUACAAAGAGGGGGAAGGCCUGGGGAAGGAAGGACAAGGGCGCAGCGGGGUCAUCGAGGUUCAAUUACGGCCUCAGGGCGCUGGAUUGGGAGCUGUGAAGGAGAAGUCCAAACAAGAGAAGGAGGAAGAGAAGCGACAAGCUGCUAAGAGAGGCGAGGUGUUGGAGGAUUCAGAGGAGGAGGAGAGGAAGAGGCGUCGCAGAAAGGCGAAGACGAGCGGGACGGAUAGUGGUAUGAGCACGCCAAAGCGACGACCGAAACCGAAAUUCCAAAGCCUACCGGAACUUCAAAAAGCUGCCCCAGGGUUGAAAAUCCCAGAUGCCUUUACUCCUAUCCUGGACAUGACUGGUUCUGGUCAGAAAUUCCUGACGGCCAGUUCUGGUCUUGCAACGCCUACUUCCGGUGUUGUCGAGUCUACCGAAGUAGUGGAGGCUAGAAAGCUGGCACGAAGAGCACAGAAUGACCUAUCGUCCUUCGUCGAGGAAUGGAAGAACCUGGAGGAACGAAAGGCUUGGGUUGAAAUGGAAAUACUACAGCAACAGCAAGCUGUGGACGAACAAAAUGGCUCUUCGGAGCAAUUAAGGAAGGCUGCGGGGAUUGUCGAGGGGUUAUCGGUCGCAGUGCGAGAUGGGCAGUGGGACCCAGUCAUAGAUGCCUUGGCGGUAGUGGAAAAACUCGAUGUAGCUGGUAACGAUGAGCUGGCAAGCAUCGCCGUUGCGGCUGUCCACCCCUUCUUCCGCCAGGCCGUCGAAGGCUGGCAGCCGCUGGAAGACCCAAAACUCAGUGGCGUCGCAUCUGAUGGAUUCGUCUCUGCCAUCUCCGGAAUCAGGAAACUCCUUGGGAUGAUCCCCGAGCCCAACGGAAGCUCCGCUCAUACUACCAAACCUCACAGCAACCGCGUCCAUAAAACAACACCUUACGAAUCCCUUAUUUACACCGUCUGGUUUCCCAAAGUUCGCUCCGCCAUAACCAACACCUGGGACGUGAAAAACCCCACUCCGCUUCUCACGCUUCUGGACCUAUGGACUCCGCUCCUCCCGCCCUUUAUUAAAUCUCAGAUCUUUGAGCAUCUCAUUUUCCGCAAACUCGACGAGGCCAUCGCCGAUUGGAACCCCAAAAAGCGCUCCAGAACGAACAGCCUGCCGCACAUGUGGCUCUUCCCCUGGCUACAACACCUGCCCGCUCACCAUUUGGAUCCUCGCUCUUCAUCAGGACUUGUUGCUGAUGUCAAGCGAAAAUUCAGAGUGCUUAUCGACAGCUGGGAUUUCCGGCGUGGUGUCAUCCCCGGACUUACACAGUGGAAUGACCUUCUCCGACCGUCGUCGUCCAGUAAAGAUGAUUAUUGGACACCCCUCCUCAUCAACCACGUCCUCCCCAACCUCGCCAAGUACCUCCGCAACAAUUUCCAAGUAACCCCCCAAGACCAAGAACCCUACAUGAAGACCCUAACCAACGUCCUCGAAUGGCAAGACAUCCUGGGCAACAGAAUCACAGGCCAACUCCUCGUCGACGAGCUCUUCCCAAAGUGGCACGACGUCCUCCACCAAUGGCUCACUCUCAACGACGUCAACUACCUCGAAAUCAGGGACUGGUUCGACUUCUGGCGCACCAUCAUCCCCGCCUCCCUCUCCUCGGUCCCCUCCGUCCAGCAAGAAUGGCAAAAAGGCAACGCCCUCAUCAACGCCGCCCUCGACCUCGGCGCGCGCGCUAAAACCGAUCUCCCCGCGCCCACACGCCCAAGUCGCGCCAGUCCCACAGCGCAGCCAGCGCCGGAACCGGCGCCGAAGAUCGAGAAGCCGGAGCUGGAGGAGGUCACGUUUAGGCAUCAGUUGGAGGAUUGGUGUAUGGCGAGGGACCUGCAGUUUAUCCCGGAGAAGAGCACGUUGGAGGCGAAUGGGCCAGUGUAUCGCGUUACGGCGGCGGCGAUUGGGAAGGGGGGUGUGUUGAUUUAUUUGAGGGGGGAUUCGAUAUAUGCGCAGAUCAAGAGGGGCACGUGGACGCCGCUUGGGAAGGAGACGGAUGCGUUGUUUGAGUUGGCGCAUCGGUAGAGCAGAGGCGGGCGGGUUGCAAGCUCAUGUAUUUCUCAGCGAGUGGUAAGACUAGGAAAUUGGAAGUCUAAUCACUAUAAUACGGAAUAAAGUAUACGGCACUCAAUUUG